GGCGCAUGCGCCCUGGCCCAAGGCUAGCUUCCUCAGCUGCCGCUAGCUCAGCCUCUCUCACGACGGUGCCUCACGCGGCCUCCGGCGGGGCCCCGCGAGGACUCUCCUCGCCCCGGGAAUGGGCUCGGCCCCGGCAUGCCCCUCCGCCGAAGUCCGUCCGGACCGUUGUCAGCAAGGUCAGCGCCGCCCGGCGAGCCCUGAAGGGGACGGAGAGACGGUUACAUCCACUAUGCAGGCUACAUCGGCUAUGACAGCGUGCAUCGCGGAAGCCCAAAGGAAAGGCGGGAUGUCAGAGUAGCGCUCUCAGUCCUCAUCAGGGCCCGUCCAGAGAAUCAUGCAGUCAUCUGGGCACAGGUUCCGCGACGUCGAGCAUCACCCGCUGCUUGCCGAAAAUGACAGCUAUGAUUCGUCGUCCUCGGAGGCCGACAUGGCCGACAGGGUUUGGUUCAUCCGGGAUGGUUGCGGGAUGGUCUGCGCAGUCAUGACGUGGCUCCUCGUGGUCUAUGCAGAUUUUGUAGUGACGUUUGUCAUGCUGCUGCCGUCCAAAGACUUCUGGUACUCCCUCAUCAACGGGGUUCUCUUCAACUGCUUGGCGGUGCUGGCGUUAUCCUCUCACCUGAGGACGAUGCUGACAGAUCCCGGGGCUGUUCCCAAAGGAAACGCCACAAAAGAGUACAUGGAGAGUUUGCAACUGAAGCCCGGCGAGGUGAUCUACAAAUGCCCCAAGUGCUGCAGCAUCAAACCGGAGCGCGCCCACCACUGCAGUAUCUGCAAGCGAUGCAUUCGGAAGAUGGACCAUCACUGCCCUUGGGUCAACAACUGCGUCGGGGAGAGAAACCAGAGGUUCUUUGUGCUGUUUACUAUGUACAUAGCUCUAAUUUCCGCUCAUGCUCUCAUUCUGUGUGGGUUUCAGUUCUUCUCCUGUGUCAAAGGACAGUGGACUGAGUGCAGCGACUUCUCCCCACCCGUGACUGUGAUCCUGCUGAUUUUCUUGUGCCUUGAGGGUUUUCUGUUUCUUACGUUCACCGCAGUGAUGUUCGGCACCCAGAUCCACUCGAUAUGCAACGACGAAACGGAGAUCGAAAGGCUGAAGAGCGAGAAGCCCACCUGGGAGCGGAGGUUACGCUGGGAAGGGAUGAAAUCCGUCUUCGGGGGCCAGCCUUCCCUGCUGUGGAUCAACCCCUUUGCAGGAUUCCAGAUCAAGCGACUGAUGCUGAGAGCCAAGAAAGGGGGUCCAGAGUUCUCCGUCUGAGCCCGCCCCCAAAGAAACCACACCGGAACUGACACCCACGCAAAGAAGUAUAUCGUAUUUAUUUUGAGGCCAGGAGAGAAGGCCGCCCUCCUCGAACCUGUGACCGGUGGAGGCUAACACAAGUGAGACAUUUUGCUUGUAGCAAGCAGAAUUUUAUACGUUUAUAGUCACCAACAUCUCAUGAACUCUUGGAAGCGUCAGCCGGAUGCUCCCCGCACGUGGCUUUUGAGCAGGAAGCAGAAAUGAAACACCGCCCCACCCCCCCCCCGGAGAAAGAUGGACGGUCGCACUGAAGAAGCCAAAAUAUCAUCUUACUACUAUAACUUAUUAUUUUACAGGACUAAUUGUGCUCUUCCCCCCCCCCCUUUUUGUCAGUCCCCUUUUAUUUGAUAACGUCUUUUUUUUAAAGAGUUGACCUCC